AUGGAGACACUGAUGAUUCUUUUAAGAAGAUUGACGUACCCUAAUCGAUGGAGUGGUCUGGUUCCUGUUUUCGGCCGAACGGUAUCAGAACUGAGCUUGAUAUUUAACAAGACUAUGGAUGAUAUCUAUGACAGAUUUCAUCACCUCUUAGACUGUCUUGACUUGGUAUGGCUUGAGCCUGAGGCUUUUGCCGAUGCUGUUCACGAAAAAGGAGCUCCUCUUACUGGGUGUUGGGGUUUUAUCGACUGGACUCCCCGACCAAUCGCUCGUCCUGUCCGCAAUGAACGACUUAUGUUCAAUGGUCACAAGAGAACACACUGCGUAAAAUUCCAG